UUGUUUUUUUAUACGAUUAAUAGCUGUGGCAUUCGGUCGUAUCAGUUGACCUAUGGUACCUUUAUGUAUACUUUCAAAUAUAUAAUAUAAUAUUCACGCAAACGCAUUCAACAUGUCGAAACAACACUGUCGAUUGGAAAAUAUACUCUAAAACGCGGGCAGUCACUUGCCUAUAGCACCGUGUCAUAUUUUCCUUUAACCGACUCUUAUAGAAAAUAAUUACCAUCUAUUUUUAUACACCUAAGUACGUCAUAAUAUAUCAUAAUAACAUCCAUGUAAUACACCACACAGUCAUUAAUAGCCGUGCACUGCAGUCUUGUCGUCAGUAGAUCUGCGAGCGAUUGAUUAGUUUGUGGAUUGGACAUGGAAUAUAUCCGGCAUUUGGUUAUUUUGAUAUUGGCACUGGAAGCAGUAACGGCUCAGUCUAAUAAUGAAUGUUUCACGCCAAAUGAGGAAAACGGCGUUUGUAUUAACAUAAAACGUUGUCCUUUCCUCCUGUCCCUAUUGGAAAAUCAAAGGAAAAACGCAUCUAUUGUGACUUUCCUUCGGAAUUCCAUGUGUGGAUACGAAGGUAGGGAUCCUAAAGUUUGCUGUCCGUUAGAAAGUGAAGUAUCAAAUGGCAACAAUGGAGGAAAUAACGAGAACAAUAAUAACUGGAACAACGAACAAAACAGCAACGCCGGCAGCACCAACAGUGGAUUUGGUCAGAACAACAACGGUGGUUUAAACCACAAUAAUAACAACAACAACAACAACAACGGAGGUACCAACAGUGGAUUUGGUCAGAACAACAACGGUGGUUUAAACCACAAUAAUAACAACAACAACAACAACGGAGGUACCAACAGUGGAUUUGGUCAGGGUAACAACGGCGGUUCAAACCACAAUAAUAACAAUAACAACGGUGGUUCGAAUCUUAACAACAACAACGGUAGGCCUACAACUACUUCCAGACCGACGAGUUCGUCGAGUUAUGAAACGGUGACGUCUUCCAAGUUACCAUCGCAGAGCACAUGCGGACGAAGUAACGCCACCCAAAACAGGAUCGUCGGAGGAGCGCCUGCCGACUUAGACGAUUGGCCUUGGAUGGUAGCUUUGGGAUACCAAGAUCUCAACAACAGACAGAAUACGAAAACUCCUCAAUGGCUUUGCGGCGGAGCUUUGAUAUCCGACAGAUACGUCGUGACUGCUGCUCACUGCACGGUCGGCAUUGGCCAGAGAAAACUAGCCAUAGCGCAUUUAGGAGACCUGGACUUGGAUUCUAAAGUCAGAGAUGGAGCGGCCCCGGUGGAUGUGCCCAUUGAGAGAGUCAUGACGCACGAGUCGUACAACGCACAAGACUACACCAACGAUAUUGCAUUGUUAAAACUGGAAACCGUAGUCAGAUUCAACCAACACAUUCAGCCAAUUUGUUUGCCAAUCAUGUCGGACCUGAGAACCAACUUGCUGGUGAAGUCGUUACCGUUUGUUGCCGGUUGGGGAUCCACGUCGUUCCGAGGACCUUCGAGUACGGCAUUGAUGGAAGUCCAAGUGCCUGUCGUCGACAACUCUGAAUGCAAGCGAUCGUUUGCAAACAAGAGAACUGUCAUCGACGAAAGAGUACUGUGUGCCGGAUAUUUAACAGGGGGGAAAGACGCUUGUCAGGGAGAUUCUGGAGGUCCUUUAAUGUGGCCCAGCGGCAAGCAGUAUUAUUUGGUCGGUGUCGUAUCGUUUGGAUUCAAGUGCGCAGAACCUGGUUACCCCGGCGUGUACACUAGAGUGACACACUUUGUUGAAUGGAUUGCAGGAAGGAUGAAUAACAGUUAAUAAGUGUAAUUAUUAAAACAGUAAAUGCAAGCAAGCCACAUUGAAAUGUUGUAAAAAUAUUUAUGUACCUUAAAAUUAUGCUCACUUUUUACAUGUUAACUUUAUUAUUAUUAAAUACAAUUAAUUUAAAAUGUCUA